AAGAUAUAUUUAUUUUAACAAAAUGAUUAUGUUAAAACUGUUCUGCAAUUGUAACAAAUAAUACGGUCUUCUAUUUAUACAAUGUCAGAAUUCCAAAUGGAUGUUCAAGAAACAGAUUUGAUCUCCAAUGAUUCAGAAAAUGAAUGUUCACAAAGUGUGUGCUCUGAUACCCACAGUGACAACACAUCAGCCUCUGGACUAACAGACAAAAGUACUUUAUCUGAAUCAACCUUACAUGCCCUUUCAGGAGGUAGUGAAGCUGAUAAUUUUAGUAGCCAGUCAACAGCUUUAUCAGGACUUGACUCCAAACAAACAUUUACUACAGUGAUCAAUAGAGGAAUUGUUUUACCAUGGGGAGCACAAAAAGAAAGAAGUACAUCAUCAGGACAACAUUUAGACAUGGACUUAAGACCUGGCGAGUUUGUGAUGAGAAAUUUAUUUGCAGACUUUACAGUUAUAGCAGAGAAAAAGAUUGAAUCUGUUAUGACAGAGUCACAAGAAAAACCAUUGUCGAAAUCUUUACAAAGAGGUGAAGAUUCAGAGUUUGAUCAGCUUCUUAGUGCGUUUGGAUCGGUGGCUGAACAUUGUUUGCCUUCUCUUUUAAGAGCACUAUUUUCAUGGUACGAGAGGCAAAUGUCAGAGGUCUCAAAUCCAGAACAGAAAAAAUCAGAUAUCAAGCAAAAAAGCAUUAUAAACAUAGUAGCCGGAAACACUACUGAAACCAUAGAGCGAUCCGAAGCCGACAUUCAAAAGGAGAAAAGAGAUCUUGCUGUCGAGUUCAUCUUCUGUUUAGUAUUAAUUGAGGUUUUAAAACAAAUGGGAUUACAUCCAGGUCAUGAAGAUUUGGUGCAGUACAUUGAAAAUUUGGCAUUGAAACAUUUUAAACAUCAUGAAGGAAUCCAGAACAGCCCAAAUAGCGCUAACAUCCACAUGAUAUCCGACUUGUACGCUGAAGUUAUCGGAGUUCUCGCACAGUCUCGUUUUCUAUCAGUACGAACUCGUUUUAUGGCAGAAUUGAAAGAAUUGCGUUCUAGAGAGUCCAAUCCAAAUACAACGCAAAGUAUCAUCAGUUUAUUGAUGGGUAUGAAAUUUUUUCGCGUGAAAAUGGUACCAAUAGAAGAAUUCGAAGCUUCUUUCCAAUUUAUGCAAGAAUGUGCCCAAUACUUUUUAGAAGUAAAGGAUAAAGAUAUUAAGCAUGCGUUGGCUGGUUUGUUUGUCGAAAUUUUAGUUCCAGUUGCAGCAGCAGUUAAAAAUGAAGUCAACGUUCCAUGUUUAAAGAAUUUCGUAGAAAUGCUGUACUCUCAAACUUUAGACGCCAGUACAAAAUCUAAACAUCGUUUGGCUUUAUUUCCUCUGGUAACUUGUUUGUUAUGUGUCAGUCAGAAACCUUUCUUUCUACAAAACUGGCAUUGUUUUUUGGCGAUGUGCUUAUCGCAUCUAAAAAAUAGAGAUCCGAAAAUGUGUCGAGUUGCAUUAGAGUCUCUGUAUCGUCUUCUGUGGGUGUACAUGAUCAGAAUAAAAUGCGAAAGUAAUCAAGCUACACAAUCUCGCCUCCAGAGCAUCGUCAACUCACUCUUUCCAAAAGGCUCUAAAGGUGUUGUACCGAGAGACACCCCGUUAAACAUUUUCGUGAAGAUCAUCCAGUUCAUAGCUCAAGAACGUCUGGAUUUUGCCAUGCGAGAAAUUGUUUUUGAUCUGUUGUCAGUAGCUCGGCCAUUUAAAGUGAUUUUAACGCCCGAACGUAUGAGUAUAGGCUUAAGAGCCUUUUUGGUAGUUGCUGAUAGUCUGCAACAAAAGGAAGGAGAUCCACCGAUGCCGAGAUCUGUAGGAGUGCUACCCAGUGGUAAUACUUUACGAGUAAGAAAAACAUUUUUAAAUAAAAUGUUGACCGAGGACACAGCUAGAAGCAUCGGAAUGAAUGCAUACUUUACUCACGUUAGAAGAGUUUUUGUUGAUAUUUUAAGGGCAUUGGACACGCAAUAUGGUCGACCUUUGAUGAUGACCAAUACUCAGAAUGUUAAUAAAGAACCCGAUGAGAUGAUAACCGGAGAAAGAAAGCCUAGGAUUGAGCUAUUCAGGACUUGUGUAGCUGCAGUUCCAAGACUAAUCCCUGAUGGAAUGACCGCUGGGGAACUAGUGGACUUACUUAGUAGACUUACCGUUCAUAUGGAUGAGGAAUUAAGAGGCUUAUCAUAUUGUAGUUUACAAAGUUUAGUUGUAGAUUUUCCCGAUUGGCGGCAAGACGUUUUGUGGGGUUUGACGCAGUUUGUAGCUAAAGAAGUGUUAGAUACUUUCCCCCAACUUAUGGAUCAUGGAUUAAAGAUGAUUUUGACCUUAUUGGGUGCUUGGAAAGCGGCCAUUUCUGGAACGAAUGUUAGCACUUUUACUUCUUCAACGCUUAGAGCCAAAGAAUACAGCGAAUUGAAAGCAGGCCCACCAGAUCCAAAUCUAACCAAACGUACAGACAUGAGUAAGUCGGAACCACUGGCAUCAGUUCUUCACUUAGUGGAAGCCUUGGCUUUAGUAAUGCUAUGUACAUAUCGUUUAACGACCCGUCGUUUGUCGGUAUUGAUACUAAAAGAAGUGAAAAGCCUUUUGAAAGCCUUGAACUGUUCAGAACACCCGCCUGUAAUCGAUAUUAUGGAUCAAUACUGUCCGCAAGUUAUUGAAAAGUGUCUUCUAUUGCUACCGCCAGCAGAAAAAACAGCAAUCCAAGCCGUGAGUUUAGUUGGCUCUGUAGACCUUCAAUGGCUGGCAGACAGAAGCUCGUCUGUAUGGACCGCUGGAUUAUUUGAAGACGGUUCUAUCAAGAAUGCUGCAAAUUAUACUUUUUCUAUUGUAGACCCGUGGAGUGUGUGUUACUUCGGUUUUUUGGAGAGAGAUAGACUAUUGAGCUUAUGUACCUUAAUGACUAUGCAUUCGUGGCCUAUUGUUUUUACGAGACUGAACGCUCUUUACUCAGUAGUGGACCCUACACCAUUGAACGAUAAUAGAGCUUCUUUAUUGAGAAGUGCUACCGCUGUGAAAAAACCACCCACUGAAAGAGAUGCCUAUAUGCAUUUGUGGAAAAACUACAUUACAUUUGCUUUUAGGGUGGUUCCUCUUAUUGCAAAUCCUAUUGUCAGAUGUGCUAGUCCCGAUCUAAGUUUAAGCUCUUCACCAGACAGCCUAAACACCGAAAAGAAUGAUAGUAAACUGCCGGCUACAAAUAUUUCACCAGUGUCAUUGUACAAACUAGUCGUUCCUCAUUUAAGGUGCGAAGUUACUGACAUACGAGAUGCAGCAGUAUACGCUCUAGGGAAUAUUAACGGAAAUGCGCUUAGAGACUUAUUUGAAGAAUUGACAGUCUACGUUCGCGAAGCUGUAGACAAGAAACAAGAAAACGUCAGACGAAGGCGCAGGAGAGAUGCCCUUAGACUACAACUCACUAGAUUAUUAGAAUUCAUCGCAGAAAACGAAACUUUCGGAAUAAGCGGUUGUGUUGUAGAUAGAGAUUCGCAAUCCCUAAUUCCCAUCUUGGUAGAGUUUAUAGAUGGCGUCAGAUAUUAUCUAGAAAACGAACCCGACAAAAAUUCGACUACUGUAAAGGAUUUGACUUUGCAUUUUGGCUAUUUCCUUAGAAAAAUGAUUAAUAACUUCACACUGGAAACUCGUCGAACUCUUUUAAAAAGAGACCUAAGGAGGAAUCUCUUCACCUUAUUUGGUAAUUGGGCUGGAAAAUAUGGUUUCCCGACAGGAAAGGCGAAUUCCGAAGGUGAUAUGAAUAACAAAAAACAUGUGGAGUUGCAGUUGAUUUCAUUACAAGCCAUGAGUUAUCUUCUCUGUUGUGGUCCUUGCUUUGAUUCUCUUACUGAAGAAAGUUCUUACUAUCUGUGGAUAGAUGGACUACUUAAUAGUCCAGACGAAAAAGUCUACAGUCUCGCUCAAGAAACUGUCAUUCUUUUACUUGAAUCAAAUCCCGAUGUGUCACCGCUUUUGGACUGGGUAGUUGAUAAAUGUUAUACCGGUACGUCAAGAGUCGCUGAUAGCUGUUUCAUUGCAUUGGCCACCAUCUUUAGUGCAAGGGAGUAUCCGUGUGAUCACUAUACUGCAAUUAUAAAUGUAACGUUAAUGAACACCGGCUGCCCUAGACAAGUUGUCAGAGAUACAGCCCUACAAUUGCUUCAACUGCUGGAUAAGCGAUUUUUCGGAUGCGUUGGGCCCUUGGCGGAAAAUGAUUUAGCGGAAGGAGAUAAAGGAAGAAGUACUUUGGACACAAUUCUAGCUACCACAUACUGUAGAUCUCAGAUACAUUUGUCUCGCCAGUUAUCUUUGCUCCAUCCUGAACUGACUAUGCCAAUGUUUUCAGAAAUAACGUACAGAUUCCAAACAGCUAGACCUGAAGUUCGUCAAUUACUACUACAGUAUCUACUUCCUUGGUUACAUAAUAUGGAAUUAGUGGAUCCAAAUAUACCUACAACAAAUACACACAUGUAUCAGUUCUAUUCUGCUGAGAUCGCUACAGAAAGAAAAGAAGGCUGGGGUUCCGCCGAAGCUACGGAAAUGGUGUUAACCAAUAUAUUUUAUAUCACAGCUAAGUUUGGUGACAAUCAUCCGAAAGAAAUUGAAGAAAUUUGGGCAACACUUUGUACAUCGUGGCCAAAUAAUAUGAAAGUGAUCAUACGGUAUUUAAUUAUAGUAUCAGGAAUGGCUCCUUGCGAACUUUUACCAUAUGCAAAGAGAGUAGUAUUGUACUUAGCGAGAGUACAGCCGGUACGAUUGUUAGAUGAAAUGAUGGUGGAAUUACAAACUGUCGAGACGCUAAAUUGUCUAAUAGAACGAACAGAAACCCCUCCGUUCUAUAGAUUAACGGUAAUGCGAAAAGCUUCUAGCCAUUCUGAUGGAGCCAAUGGUGUGCCUGGCCAGACUGAUUCAAGCAGUAGAAAUGAUUUAAGUAUUGAAAAAGGUACAAUUCACACUAAACGUCACAGUGGAGAAGAUCCAUCAAAAACUUCAGUCAUGAAGUCCGACUCUGGAUCAAAUAUAUUUUCUGAUUUUGCUAUGUCUCGUCCAGAUAAACCCAAGAAUCAAGAAGAGAUGAUUAGUUCGCUGGAAGAAGUUGCUAUUGAAGAAGACGUACUACUCCGUGAUAAGGUAAACAUGUCAGUACCUCAGCCACACCCUUUACCGAUGCCCGAAUUUGGAGGUUACUUUGCACCUUUGACAGAAUAUUUACCGGAUAGUUCACAACCUAUUUCUGGAUUUCAUAGGUGCAACGUAGGUGUUAUGUUACUGUGCGAUAUCGUGGUCGAUGGUAUAGAAUUGGAUUGGACAAUUCAUGUACCACUAAUGCUUCAUAUAUUAUUCCUGGGUCUAGAUCACACGCGUGCCCUAGUAUAUCAACAUUGCAAACAACUUUUGCUAAACCUCUUAGUUGUUUUAGCCCUACACAAUGAUCAUCUAACCGUAGCACACAUUUUACUUAACAGCAAAACAAAGCAACUAGAACUAGGGUUGCUUACACCGACUUUGUCCACUGUAGUUGAACAUACUUUUACAGAGUCAAGUCCCAUUCUCAAUGAAUUUUUAUUGCAUCAAAUUGGAUCUGGAGCGGCCGUAGAAGCUUUAAACAAAUCAGCUGCUCAGGCGGUCUCUAAUUUAAAACCAGAAGAAACAGUAGAAGAAAAAGAAACUCCGAUUCCUCAGGUGGUAGUUGUUCCAGAAAAUGCGGAGCCAGUACCCACCACGAAAGUUCAACUUACAGUUUCCGUAAUCAUCAAAUCUCUGAUACAAUUCCUUGCCACACGCCAAAACUCGCCGCUAUGGAACUAUGAAGAUAUCACAGCAAAAGUGUGGUCAAUAAAGAGCGUGGAACAAAUCGAUAUUUUUAUUCAGUACAUUUUGAAAGUAUUCAGGGAAUCAUUGCCGAACGCUCAUAUUAAUGAAAGAUGGGCUCAGACGGCUCUGCAACUAGGGUUAAGUUGCUCUUCAAGGCAUUACGCCGGACGAUCUUUGCAAAUUUUUAGGGCUUUAAGAGUUCCCAUUACGUCUCGGAUGUUAUCUGAUAUACUGAGUCGAUUGGUUGAGACUGUAUCCGAACAGGGAGAAGAUAUGCAAGGAUAUGUAACAGAACUUCUUUUAACACUGGAGGCUGCUGUCGAAUCAUUGGAGUCAGAUUUCCGUCCUUUAGAUUUCAUGAAAGAUUUCUUUAAAUCCACACCAAACCUUAAUAACAAGGAAGCUGGGCCUUUAAGGAAAAAUGCCGAAGGUUCACAUAUAAAUAUGGCUGGCACUCCAGUAUUUUAUUCGCCAAUUAUAGGACACGCUCGUAGUACCAGUUAUUCUGUUUCGUAUGGUUUUAGAAAAAAUACCCAGUCUUCUACGGAUGUUAAAGAACGAAAUCGACAUAGUAAUGAAAUAGAUCAUAGGAGUGCCAUUAACAAAUUUGCUCCGAACAAUCUUUCCAGAUCUCGUUCAGCACAAAGUUUAAAAAUGUUAGGAGAUACAGCGACGCAAGAUGAUAAAUUAACAAUUCUAGCACAACUGUUUUGGCUAGCAGUUUCCCUGUUAGAAUCGGACUAUGAGCACGAGUUCCUAUUGGCUGUUCGACUAUUAGCUAGUGUCAUGCAUAGAUUACCGUUAGAUAGACCAGAUGCAAGAGAUAAAGUGGAGAAACUUCAGUCGCAAUUAAGGUGGAACUCUUUUCCAGGAGUACACGCUCUAUUAUUAAAGGGGUGCACCCAUCCAAAUAUUUACGAACCAGUGACGGCACUACUCUCGCAUUUUACAUCUUUGUUGAACUUUGUGGUUGUAGAUCCAUCGCAAAGUAUAGCUUUCCCAAUGAACGUUAUAGCUUUACUUCCUUAUAUGUUGUUGAAUUAUGAAGAUGCUAAUGAACUUUGUAUUAGAGCCGCAGAGAAUAUUGCGCAGGUUAGCAUUGAAAAGAGUAAAAAGCUUGAAAAUCUCGGUACAGUUAUGAACCUCUACAGUAGAAGAACUUUUAGUAAAGAGAGCUUCCAAUGGACUAAAUGCGUUGUAAAAUAUCUCCAUGACACUUACUCUCAUUUAAGUCUCAACAUGUUAUCAUUCCUGAUAGAAGUUCUAGAAAAAGGUCCCAGUAAUCUACAGUUACCGAUACUAAAUAUAAUCCAUUGCAUUUUACAUUAUGUCGACUUGGCUACGGCAGCUGCUCAACCAGUAAACGCCGAUUUGUUGAAAGUUAUAGUGAAGUACAUCGAAGGACCUAAUUGGAAAGAAGCGUUGAAGAUUCUGAAAUUGGUCGUUAGCAGAUCUAGUUCUUUGGUGGCACCUCCGAUCACUAUUCAUUCUCAUUGGGAGAGUUCUUUGACACCUAUGCCUCAUCCUUCAUUUAAUGAAGAUAAUAUUUUCAGCAAGAAGGAACUACCAGGUCGUACCAUGGAAUUUACUUUCGAUAUGUCGCAAACUCCUCUAAUCGGCAGGAGAUUUUUACAUAAGGCUGAAGAAGCUUCUACAUCAAAGGUAUCAUCAACCCCAAGACGAUCUUGCUCUAUUAGUCCGGCUGAUACCUCUCCUCAAUCGGGAUGGAAAAGGCCAUGGAUGUGCCAGGGAAGAGUUCGAGAAUGCCUUGUGAACCUAUUAACAACUUGCGGUCAACGUGUCGGCCUGCCAAAGAGUCCAUCUGUUAUAUUUAGUCAAACUUCGGAUAUUAUUGAAAGGCAGUCCAGUAUGGCCUCUAGUACCGAAGAAGUUUCUGCUGGCAACAAUGAUAUGAGUGGCGGGUCCAGAAGAGAUGAUGCUGCUACCGAAUUUGGAGUUUUCAAAGAUUUCGACUUCUUGGAAUAUGAAAGCGAGAGUAUAGAGGGGGAAAGCACCGAUAAUUUCAACUGGGGCGUUAGAAGAAGACCUCUAAGCCAAGGAGAAGAUGACCAAACCAAUCUAAAACAGUUAGAAGAUAGCGUUAGCGAAAAAACACCCGUACUAACAGUAAGAAAGCGGUUACUAACAGAAGAAUCUUCAGACGAUGAGGUCGGUUCCGAAUCUCCGUUGGACGAAAUAGCCAUUGCUCCAGAAUUUGAUAAUAGCAUCAUGGAAAGCAGUGCAAUGUUUCCUCCGUCAUCUCUUGCCCUAAGGGAGAACAAUUCACAAGUACAAUCCAGUGCUAGAUCAGACACAAGUGGAUCCAGCACGGGAGAUCUAGGCGAAGUGACUCCUUGCAAUGCAUCGCCAAAUUUAUCCACUCUAAUGAACAUGAGGCCGAUAAUUUCGAAGAGUGAUAUGUUAGAAAAUUGGAGUUCAUAUAUCCAAGCAAAUAUGUUACAGACUUCAGCAAACACCUUACAGUUUUUCCAUCAGUUUCAGAAACUUGUUACGGAUAUAUGUAUCUCAGCUAUGGAAAUAACGAAAGAAUCUUGUUCGUACAUGUCCCAGUCAGCAAUGAGUGGUCUUCCCACCAUCCGAUUAAUUAGUUCCAGAUUGCUCUCUAUGGUAGAUAUAGUCAAAUAUAGAGUUAUGGUACCAAACUUGAUCUGGUUUAAUACGGUAGCGAUCAACAAUUCUCGAUUUAUAGAAACUUUGAAGUAUGGUAUGUUGGAGGUGCAGGAACAUCUUGAAACGUUCUGUGAUAAGAAAGAACAAGCCAGUAUGUUUUGCGAUGCUGUCAAGACAACGUUAAAAUUGGAAAGACUGAGUGGCCAACAAUCUGACUUUCAUAACGAACAGUAUUUGUUAGAUUUAGGAAAAGCGCUUUACAAACUCUAUUUUCAACUGCUGUUGCUAAUAGAAGCCGGCAACAAAAUGGUUUCAAUUUUACACAGUAGUCUGAAAUCAGCUGAUUUUAAAGAUGUAACUGGUGAUAUGAUGUCAAUUAGAAGCGCUUUGACCAGUUCCUACGAAGAUACUGACGCCGAUGGUGGGAUUUCAUCUGCUAUGUUUGGCCGAGUGAGUUCGGAAAAUCUGAUAUCCGACUUAUGCCGUUUGAUAGAAAAUGAAAAGUGGACGUCGGUUAUCUUAUAUUUCAAGUGCAAUAAAGAAGAAUUUGUAAAAGAAUUUGAGGAAUUAUGUGAUAGAGAGAAUGACGUCCUUACUAUUUUGAAUAUAUACUGCAAAAAGUUGGUCCAUGACAAACCUGAAUAUUAUGUGAUAAGUAACCAAGAGCCCGAUCUAUCGGACGUAUUCGGAAGACUGUUUCAAGUAUCAGCAGCCGUUUCUGAUCUCGAAGGAAUCCUUAAGGAACAACCCAGUAAAUCUGCUGAUGCGCCAAAAUAGUUAAUAAAAUUUUUUAACACUUAAUAUUAACGAUUUAAUGUCUAGGAUUUUAAGAUUUAAUGAAUUUGCGUCUUACAAAAAAUUUCACUGAUAAGGUAGUAAAAAAACACCAAUUUAAGAAAAUAAUCGUAAUAAAUGUUAAGAUAUAUUUACUAGAAUUUAGUUUAAUAUUCAUUUGGAGAAUUAUUUAUUAGACAUUUUUUUUAAUUCUUCAAACAUUUUUCAUUAUUAAUUUAACAGGUAAAUAGUUUAGUUGCUAUUAUUUUUUAGUGUAAUGAAAAAUUAUAAUCGUUGUAGCGUACGCCACGUAUGUCCACUAUUUAAGUGAUUUUAUGGUCUAUCGAGUCAUACAAUUUUCACUAGUUUUCAGCUUUAAUUAUCCGUGCAAUAUGUGAAUGGACAUCCUUUAGUACGUUCUUUGGCGUGUAAUACUGUCGUGUUAAACUUUUCGUAUCAUUCAAUCGGGUUAUAUAUUGUCCAAUUUCAUUUAAAGUUAGGUAUACUCUCUACAACGUCUUUAUCUCUGGUAAUUGUUUUCAGAAUAAUGGCUACUGCACAUCUUUUAUAUUUUGGUUCACUCUCUCCUCUUUCACAUUCAAUGUUGGUUUUGCCGAUUGUAUCUUAUAUAAUUCCUAUAUUAUUACAAAUCUAGAAUAAUUGUCCUAAUAAAAUUUUGCCAGAUUCACUUAUUUUCACUCUUGCGUAAAGCAAAUAGUACCGAUACAUUUCAUUAUCAAUUAAUAAUAUUAGGAGGUCUUAAUAAUAAAAUUAUUGAUAACGAGUGUAUGUACAAAUAAAAUAUGUGUGGUAAGAAAAAUGAAUUAAAUUUAUGUAAUGAUUGGCAGUUUGAGUAGGUACAUAGUAUAUAUAGCUUGAUAUUUCAGUAAUAGCCACUUUGGACUGACUUUUUCGUGUGUCUUAUAGCGUUUCAAUAACUUCCAGUACCUAGUUAUAGAAUCCUGAAUUUUCAAGCAAUUCGAUGGUAUCUCACGUCCCCUGUUCGUGUUAAAUAAUAGUCACUGUCAAUCACAGAGUUGAGUACUAUGUUUAAAUCCAAUUUUUCCGAUUCACUGGUGUAUUGUUCUACGAAACCAACUAAACUCUUAAUUCUAUCAAACAAGCUUCAUGUGUACGUAAAAUAUGCUUAAACUGAUCAAGAACGCAGAAUUAGUCCGUUAGUUAUGAUGCGGAAGAAAUACUUCCAUCGCCCCUUGCGACUCAUUAUAUUUAUAUACAGUGUGUCUGUAAAGCAUGGAAUAAAUUCGAUAUUUCCUAAAUGAAAAGCCUUUUUAAAAAAAUUUAAAACACGCCGAUUUUUAAGUUUAAUGUUCUAUAAUAAAAUUUCAUUAUACAAGAUGAUAUUACAGUAAGGUGAUGACGUCAUCGACUAUUUUUUUAUAAAACACCCUGUAUUUCACGACAUUUUUAGAUCGAUAAAAAUGAGCUGAUUCCAAAAAAGUAUAAUACUUGGGAUCUAACGGAUAUAAUUUGAAAGAUAUCUUCUUCUUCAUGUACCAUGUCCUUUCAGAACGUUGGUUUCCAUCAUAGCUAUCUUAAUUUUAUUCACUGCCAGCCUAAAUAGCAUGCUUGUAUCAACACCAUACCAAUCUUGCAAGUUCUUCAACCAAGAGUUCUUCGUCCUGGACUGCGUUUGUCUGCUAUUUUUUCUUUCAUGAUAUUUUGUAGCAACCUAUAUUUGGGACCUCUCAUUACAUGUCCGAAAUACUCCAGUUUUCUCUGUUUGAUGAUUUUUAUGAUCUCAGUAGUUUUGCUUGAAAGAUAUACGCUUAGAAAAUUAAUUUUUAUUGAUUUCUAUUAUUGAUAAAUUAUAAAUAAAUUAUAAUAAAUAGAUUGAAAGUAAUCCAGUAAUUAAUACAUAACUAUCUUAAAUGUUCUAAUUGUAGCCCUUGUUGUAUUUGACAGUAACUCAAUCGUUGUACAAAUUCUUAUAUAACCUUGUUUAUGAUUUCUUGAGAAAUAUUGUUUAUUUCUUUACGCAAUUUUUUUAAGUCUUCAAUAUUUGCAGGUUUCGUUUUAUAAACAUUAUUCUUCCAAUAACCUCAUAUAAAAUAAUCAAAAGGAUUGAAUUCUGGUGCCCUCGCUGGCCAUCCGAUAUGUCAACGUCUUUCAAUCCACCUGUUCAGAAAAAUUCCGUUUAGAUACCUUCGAACAUCUACAGCAUAAUGCGAAAGGGCACCAUCCUGUUAAAACCAUAAAUUUUUAUCAAAACCUCCAGGAUUAAUUCUACUGGGGAAUAAAUUAACUAAAGUAGGUACGAGAAACCCCUUAUAAACUGAAGGUAUGCUGGCCCGUUUAAAUUACCUUCGAAAAAGUAGGGUCCGAUAAUUCUAUUUCUUACAAUGCCAACCCAUACGUUUACCUUUUGCGGGUAUUGUGUAUGAUGUUCCCUCAUCCAAUUUGGGUUUUCUUUUUUCCAGAUACAUUGUCCAUUCGAGGACACUGUUGGAAAAUAGAUCACUUUUACCAGAGACUAUUACUACAAGCUUACUUGAAAGUAAAUACGUUUCAUCACUAAACACAAUAAAUCUUGUUUCGUUUCUAAAUUAUUUAAUAUAUCUUAAAUACUGUAAUCUUGAGUAUAUUGUAUAUGUUUUUCCAUCAAAAAUUUUCGAUUAUUUUCUGUAUUUUUUUCUAACAGAAUUCGAGAUUCUUAAUUUCCAACCGCAUAUACUUUAUCUCCUUUGUAAUCAAAUUGUUCAACAAAUCUGUUAUGAAUUUUAUACAGUGGGUACUUUUCAGUUAUACUUUUAGUUUUUCAGUUAUAUGGAAAUUAAUAAUCGGCCGAAUAACAGUCCUCGUUUAACUCUUUGUAAUCUUAUUUUUGAAGAUAUUUUUCCACCUCUUAUUAGAAGUAACAAAGCCGGAUAUAUUUGUGUAGUAAAAUUUUAAACACUACUCAACUUGUCUAAGAAAUUUAAACAACUGAAUGUUAAAUCAUAUCGUUCUUCGAAUUCCAACGCUGUAUAUCUACUUUACGAUUUUGUAUUUAUACUAUCUUCAAAAAUCGAUAAUAAGUCUGGUAAAUGUGUUAACAUAUAAUAUUCUCGCAAUCAAGUCAGUAUAGCGGUCAGUGGCAUGGCUACAAAGAACAUCAUAACAUUUAUAUUCAUGAAAGUUAAAUUAAUUAUAGCUUUUAAAUGAAUAAUUAUUAAUUAUGUCUUAUUUUACAUUUUUUGAAGUGUUUUUUAGUUAUUGAUAUUUGUUAUUACCAUUAUUUAAGAUGACAUAUUGAUUUAUUAUCAA